GAACUGCACAAAGAAAAUCGACAAAGAUUCGCUCGUUAAAUCAUUAAUGGAUUAAUUAAUUAUUUAAACAGUCCAUCGUUUUAUAACUCAUUAAAUGCGAUAGACGAGAUUUUCGCGUCUUUUUAGAAAGACUUCCCUCAGUUUUUUUUUAUUCUUUUAAGAAAUCAUAUUCGUAAAAUGAUAGUUAAUUAAAGACGAUUAUCUUUUCUUUUCUUUCUUUCUUUCUUUUUUUUUUUUUCAUUCUAUAGAAAACGUUUUACUUAAUAAGUGAUAAUAACGAUCGAUUGUUAUUAAACGAUACGUUGUAAGUAAAUUUUACAGAAAAAUUUUCUCUAUAAUAGAAUGAUUUUCAUUUUAGAAUGAGAUAAUUCUUUCGAAUGAAAGACACUUAUAUGAUUUCGAUAGACAAAGCUAAGAAUAUAACAUACGAAUUGCUAGUUUUGCUAGUUUUUGUGCGAGACUUUCUUCAUUUGAAAUACAUAGCAUUUUUUUAUUUAAUCAUAUAAACAUAUUUUUUUUUUUGCAAUGAUUGACCACAGCAAUAUAUGUUGUUAUCUUAGAGGAUUAUAUAGUGUGUGGGGAGUCAAUUACGAUGCAGUCAUUGAAUGCAUGCCACCAAUCAUAUCAAUUUUUCAAAGUGCAUCGAUGUAUUUCAACGGAAUUUUUAAUAAAAAAAAGAUUAAAGAUAUAUUAUUAUUCAUUAAAAAUGAUCAUAAAUAUUAUAUAAAUCGUCCAGAAAAUAUAAUUCUUCAAAAAUAUGAUAUGCAAGGAAAAAAAGUUACAUUUUAUUAUAUUUUAUACGUUUACAUAACAUUGUUAGUUUACUUAUUGUUACCAACAAUACCACUGAUAAUUGAUUUCAUUACAUCCUCCAAUUAUUCUCAAAAAAGGAACUUUCUAUUUGAACUUGAUUAUGGUAUAGACAAACAACAAUAUUUUUAUUAUAUAUCUAUACAUUCGUAUAUUGGAACAGCUGUGGUCGCAAAUUUAAUUGCUUCUUGUGAUACUAUGUAUAUGCUGUAUGCUCAACAUGCUUAUGCUUUAUUUGCAAUUGUAAGUUAUGAAUUGAAAACUAUACAUAUUUUGAAUACAAAUAAUUUGAUAAAUGUGACAGAUCAUCAUUUACUCAAAAAAUAUAAAAAUAUCAAAUUAUUUCCAAGAGAUGAAAAGAAAGUUUACAGAAAAUUGUUUAUUUGUAUAAAAAAUCAUCAAAAUGCAAUAAAAUAUUCAAAUCUUCUAGAAUCAUUAUUUACUAAAUCCAUACUUGUACAAUUAUUCUUUAAUGUUCUUUGUCUUAGCAUUACAGGAGUUGAAACUGUAAUAAAAUUAGGUAAUUUAAGUGAAAUGAUGAGAUUUGGAUCGUUUACGUUUGCACAAGCUGUUCACAUAUUUUUUCUUUGUCUUCCUGGACAAAGAUUAUUGAAUCAUAGUGAAGAAAUGCAUAUCUCAGUGUGCAAAGUAACCUGGUAUAUUUUUCCUAAAGAAUAUCAGAAUUUAUACAAAUUUUUACUUGCAAGAUCUUUGAUAUUUAGUAAAUUGACAGCUUUUAAAAUGACAACUUUGUCUAUGCAAACAUUUUUAGCAAUUAUUCAAACUGCAAUGAGUUAUUUUACUGUGUUGUUAUCAACUACAUGAAUUUAAAUGAAUCAUUAAUGUGUAUCUUAGUUAUUAUAUUAUAUAUUAUUAUUAUAUUAUAUAUUCAAUAGAAACUAUCAAUACAAUUGUUCUUUAAACUUUUAUUUACAUUACAUACUGUUAUGUAUGAUAUUCACUGUUUGUAACAUUUUGUUGAAAAAAAAUAUACUUAAAUGUGUAUAAAUAUA